AUGGCAGGACUAUUUCGGAAGGUGUACGACUGGUUGCUCAGAACCUUUUGGGCGACUGAGAUGGACGUCACAAUGAUAGGCUUGCAGAAUGCUGGAAAGACCUCCUUGCUUCGUGUCUUAUCGGGUGGAGAAUUUACGAUCGACUCCAUUCCCACUGUUGGUUUCAACAUGAAGCGUGUGCAACGAGGCCAUGUGACACUCAAGUGCUGGGAUCUGGGUGGUCAACCUCGUUUUCGGCCGAUGUGGGAGAGAUACUGUCGCGGAGUGAAUGCGAUCGUGUUCAUCGUCGAUAUUGCAGAUCAAGACCUUCUCCCUAUGGCAAAGGAAGAGCUCCAUUCGUUGAUGUCGCAGCCAAGUCUCGAGGGCAUCCCCUUGCUUGUGCUCGGCAACAAGUCGGACCUCCACAUCAAGCUCAGUGUUGAUGAACUCAUAGAUGCUCUAGAUCUUAAGAGUAUAGGUCAUCGCGAAGUUUCCUGCUACGGCAUUAGCGCAAAGGAGGAGACCAACCUAGAAGCGGUAAUUCAAUGGCUCAUGAAAUGGGCCAACCGAUAA